AGAAAGAGAGAGAGAGAGAAAACGUAGCGGUGUUUCGUAAAGUCAAAUCGAUCGCAUGAAGCCUGCGGAUCACGAUUUUCCGCGGUUUCUCGGUCGAAGAAACGGGUGUAUAUUCUUAGGUCGUGCGUCUCGACAUUCUCCUCUUGUUCCUCCUUCUUUCGUCCGCCGCUCCGUCGCGAUACACGUCCGUAUGCGUGCAUGUGCGUGCGCUAGAGAGAAUCGCAUCGACGUUGCGCGAACGUCAGCCGCUCGAGCCGCCAGCCAGUCAGCUGGCCCGUCUGCCUGCCCGUCUGUCCACCCGCCUUCGUGAUUGCCUGCCACGCAAAUCCAACGCAGUCCACCUGAGUCCAUCGUUCGCAUCGCGAGCCUCCUGACGCUACGUUCAGAGAGUACAUACUUGUUGCUCGCGCGCAAAGAGAGAGAGAAUACGGGAGAAGAAAGGUAGGAAGAGAAGAAGCGGCCGCGGCCGAGAGAGGACGAGAGGGAAGGAAGCGGGAAAGAAAGGGAACGCACCGGUACGCAGAGACGGAUACGCACGCCACGGCUCCCCGACAUCUUCGUGUCGCUCGCAUAAACCAGACUUUUGCGAGCCUCCCGCAAGCCGGUGAGAGAGCGCGUCCCGAUCACGAUUAAGUAGCGCAUAUCUAUAUGCGUUCCAGCUAAGAAUCUCCGCAAAGGAAACAUUUAAACUUCGUGAGAGACUGAAGGAGGGGAAACGACAAUUACAUAAAUAAGCUGACUUAUUUGUGUCUACCUUGUGCGUGAUUGGCGGCAGAGAGAUUGAAUAAAUUGAGCAAACCAAGAGCGCGGAGAAUGAAUAUUCGCGCGUAGGACGCGAUCUGCGAAUGAGGCAUAGUUAUUCACGAAGAGAGAGACAGUGAGAGAUGUUUUCGAAUUUUCGAAGGAAUAACGCACACCUUUUACGGAGAUAUACGUCUAAAACAAGCGCUGGCGUUUUCCGAAAAUCUAUUUCGCGCUCACGCCGAACUCGGCUCAUCUCAUCUCAUCUCAUGGAAAAGUAGCUCAAUUAUAAUCGUUAAUUUAUAUUUAGCCGGCUAUAUAGCUUUAUUAUGAUGCACAAGAAAAUGAUGCUUUUGAUAUAGAUUAGAUAUAUACAUGACAGAAGAGCGUGUUGAGUCACACUGGCACAUGUUGCAUAAGAUAUUACGGCGCUAGACGGGCUUAUGUCCAAAGAUUCGCCGCAGAUUACUUAUCAAUAAAUGCGCCGGACAGAUGAUACGUUCAUCAAUAAACGAUCGAGCGCCUUUUUGCUUAGACAACGAAAAUAAAACGUUUAGAAAAAUUUUUAAGAUUUUUUUACCUUCGGUUUUUACCGUUCUCUCCUUAUUCGACACAUUGUUUUUUUUUUCCUUUUUUUUUUUAAAUGGCCUUAUAAUUAACUUUAACGUACGGAUUAUUAACGCGACACGUGAACAUUGAGGCGUAACGAAAUUGAAGGUCGAGCAAUUUUCUAAAUAUUCGUUAUGACCCACCAAGGUUUUGCCUAUAAAAUUUGUUUAUAAAAGCGCGCUCCUUAUCAAGACAUGCGCUCACUAUUGCUUGACGUUUGCGGAACAAUUGUGGGCGUGUUUAAAUUGCGAUAAAGCUGGCGCGAAUAGGAAUCAUCAUGUAAGUAAUUAUAUGUAAAACAACUCGAGUUUGCGCACUUAUCAUCACGUAUAUCCUGUUCAUUAUUAUUUAUUAUGUACUAAUUUAUUAAUAAUUUAGAUUUAAUAUAAAUAUAUACAAUAUAAAAGGAAAUACACUAUGUAGAAAUGGAAAUAUUAAAAUGCUCUUAUCAUUAUUAUUAUUUGACUACUCGAGUUGCAUUAUCUGCCUAUACUUGGUAUUAUCAUAACUUUUAUACUGAUAACUCCUUUUCCUGCGUUCUGUCCAACUAGUAAAUAUAUAAAAUUAGUUCCCCAAGCAAGUUUGCUCGAUACAUACACAUUAUCGGUAAAAAAUGUUUGAGACGUAUAUUCUGACAAGUAUGUAUUCUGUUUUUAGGAAAUUCAUCAUGUCGCAUCAUAUUGUUACCGUCUGCGUGGUGUGUGUACUGUGCGCCGCACACGUACCCUGCUCGGCGCAUACAAAUCUAUCAUCAACGAUGCACAAUUCGACAAAUACCAGAGAUCCCUCGAGUCCAAAUGUACAACCAUUUUCGACGCUAAGUUCCAAGGAUACAUCACAUCCAUACGCAAAGAGUCAAAGCUCGUAUCCGAAUAACUUUGUUAACAAUAAACGCAACACUGUAAAAUUUCAAAGUACGCGAUACGUUAAUCGUAAUAAUAAUAAUAAUAUCCCGGUAGUCGUUAAUGCAGUACCAACUGCAUCGCAUGAUGCUUACCUUAUUAAGGAGGAGAUAACGGAAAACUUCAAAGGCGGUGGGAAUGUACGAAAUACGCAGCCGUCGAUUGUGAGCGUGGAUAUAUCUGUAAAUUCGAGAGACAUGGAGCUUUCAAAGCGACUCGCUCAACCGGAAUUAUUAUCAAAUGUAAAAGAUAAGUCUAGUACAGAUUUACGUACCAAUCCUAGAUCUAGAUUAAAAAGAGAUGUAGCUGUAGACAAAAUGUACUUCAUGAAGAAGAUUUUCGAGGCCUAUGGUGAUGGAACGAGUAUAACUAUGGAAGGUUUCGAGAAACUUAUCCGAAAGCUGGGUCUACUGAGAUUAUUGACCGAUGCAUUGGAGUUGGAAAGUGGUGGCACUGAAACAAGUAACAGUAAGAGUUAUCCAAAUAACGGCCUACAUGACGCAGACAACAAGAAUAACAAGGAAAGGUGCUUAAACAAUCAAGAGUUGCUGAGUAUCAUCGCACAGGAUAUGCACUAUACUUCCGCUAAUAAUACCACAAUAAUGCCCGACUGGCUCUUCGAACGCGUGUGCCCGGUUCUUGUAUAUCAAUUAGCAGCCGAAUCCAGUUCAGAGAGGAAUGGUUGUAUACGGGUACCCGAAAAUUACAAACCCGUCGUGUCUGUCGAUAAGUUUUAUACAGAGGAUUCAGCGCGCAAUACUUUAAAAGUCUGGGUAUAUUCAACAGCUAGUAUUUUCAUAAUUAGUCUUAGUGGAUUGCUCGGUGUAGCAGUAAUUCCAAUUAUGAAAAAGAAUUACUAUCAUCAUGUGCUACAGUUUCUAGUUGCAUUGGCCGUAGGUACUUUAACCGGUGAUGCCCUUAUUCAUCUAUUACCACAUGCGAUGAUGCCUCCUCAUCAUCAUGAACAUGAUGAACAUCAUGACCACGAUGAUCAUUAUCAUCAUCACGAAGAAAGCAACACUUUAUUAAUUAAUCAUGUGGAGCAACAUAGUUUAAACAUGUGGAAAGGAUUAGUUGCUAUGGUGGGUCUCGUCAUCUUUUUCUUCACCGAGAAAGCAUUAAUCAUAUUAGCUGAAUGGCGGAAACGUCGACAACGUCGGAACAAGUUACCUACGCGUGUACGAGUAAUGAGAGAGAGUGAUGGGCCAAACAGUAAUGUUGUCGGUGAAAAGCUAUGUAAACAUAAGUAUUCAUCGUAUCCGUAUUGUUAUGGCGAGAUUGCUAGCGAAACUCAAGAUAAUCAUCACAAUUGCCAAAUUAAUCACGAGAGACCGCCUAUUAUCGAGGAAGAGAAACCGUUGACAUCAAAUUGUAACUCCACGAAAAUUACCAACGACAUGGAGAAAAAACCAAAGGAUGAUUGGAGAUUGGAUGAUUCGAUUGUCAAUAACGCAAAGAAAAACGCCGAUGGUGCCAACGCGUCGUUAAACGAAUCGGAAAGCUAUACUGUUAUCUUACGGGAACACGAGACCAAACAUCAUGGCCACAGUCAUUCUCAUGGUCACGUACAUUCGGCCCCUGAAUCCAUGUCCAGCGUAGCUUGGAUGGUCGUUAUGGGGGAUGGUUUGCACAAUUUCACAGAUGGUAUGGCUAUCGGUGCGGCAUUCUCGGCGAACAUUGCGGGCGGAUUCUCCACGGCUAUCGCCGUUCUCUGUCACGAGUUGCCUCACGAACUUGGCGAUUUUGCAGUGUUGUUAAGAGCGGGUAUGAGCACUAAACAGGCUGUUUUUUACAAUGUAUUAUCUUCGGUGCUCUGUCUAUUCGGUAUGAUAUUUGGAGUAUCGUUAGGAAAUACUCCCGCCGCGACCAGCUGGAUAUUCGCAGCUGCCGCUGGGAUAUUUAUAUACAUAGCAUUAGUAGAUAUGAUACCAGAACUAUCAUCGAGUCAUUCCGCGGAAAGUAGUUCGCGAUGGCAGUGCAUUUGGCAAGGUUUAGGGUUAUCGACAGGCCUUGGGAUUAUGUUACUUAUCGCCGCCUACGAGCACGAUCUUAAGCACAUUUUCGAUAACUAGAUUUACGAGUAAUUUCUCUUGUAAUCAUGUUGUAUCGAUAUUACAAAAUACAUUUCUUCUUCCUAUUACGUUCGAGUUACUGUAUUUUUCUUUCAUCUAAUCUCAAUGCCUAGCCGCUCUUUAGUGUUUGCUCUUUAAUGUUUGCAACAAAAGUAGCUUUUCUACAAAAUAAUUAUUUCUUCAUCAUUAAUGUUUGAAAGAAAGAACGUAAUGGGAAGGUUACAAAUUACAUCACAAUGUAGAUAGGUCAAUAAUAUCCGAUUUAGAAUUGUCAGUGAAAGAAACAAGUGUCCAAUUUUUUAUCAUUAGAAUACUAAUCAUCGAAUUGUCAAACAAAUUACAGAUUGCAAUAAUUAUUUCUUCGCGAUUAUACUAAAAAUAUUUUCAACAUUAAAAUUUUGCGAAAUUUAGAUAGAAAUUGUAAAAUGCAGUGUGCAGAAAUUAUUUUACAUUGUAUUCAGAUAAAAUUUUGGAAUUAUCUAGUAACUAGGUAAAUAAUUGCCAAAAAACGUAGAUAUACUAGAUAAUUUUAAAAGCAACAAAUGGCAAAUUUCCUUCUUUAUACAAAAUUAAUAGUCAUUUUAACUUAAGUUUUCAUUAAUUCACAUAUAUGUACUGUUAGAUGUACAAUACUGAUGUAAUGUCUACAGUAUUAUGUUUCACAGAUGAAAGUUUACAAAUUUUGUGUAGACUACACAAAUUUAUACAUACGUGACAAUGACAUUUAAUCCAAUAUUUCUCAUUAUCAAUUGUCCGAUAUAGAUAAUGAUACAUGGUACAUGACUAUAUUGUUAGUUUGCAACAAAUUUGUGAUAAUUUUGCAUAACAUACUUACUAACAAUAAGUAAUGUAUGUAUUAAUAUGUGUGUAUAUAUGCAUACACAUAUAUUAAUAUAUAUCCUUGUACACAUAUACACAUCCACAUUAUCAUGAGAAUCUGAAUACUACCCCAGUUUAAGUAAAUCAUAUAUGAUAAAAAGAAUUUUUUGUCUUGUUAUAUAUUUUUAAGGAAAAAAAAAAAA